ACCAACAUAUUCCCAUCAACUAACAUUCUUAAUGGGGUAUUACUUGUUAAUCCAUACACUUUUCCUUUCUUUAUUUGUAAUAUUUUGCUAUUUUUUUGGCAAUUUUUUUCGCAACAAAAAUGGGCUCCCAACUAAUUGGCCCCUAGUUGGGAUGCUUCCUGCACUCCUAAAAAAUUUCGAUAAUAUUCAUGACUUUUUUGUUGAAUUUUACAAAAAUUCUAACAUGACCUUCCAUUUUAAAGGCCCUUGGUUUGCCAACAUGAACAUUCUUGCUACCGUUGAUCCUGCCAACCUUAACCACAUAUAUAGCAAGAAAUUUGGAUAUUUUGUUAAGGGUUCCAAAUUCAAUGAAAUGUUUGAUGCCCUUGGCGAUGGGAUCCUUAAUUCGGAUUCAGACAUAUGGAGUUACCAUCGAAAUGUAGCUCAUUCUUUUCUCCAUCAUCCUCAAUUCCUCCACUCUUUGAUCAAUAUAACACAGAAAAAAGUCGAGUAUGGACUCAUCCCAUUCUUUGACCAUGUUUCUAGGCACAAUAUUGAGAUUGACCUACAAGACGUGUUCUUAAGGUUCAUAUAUGAUAUAAUGUGUACGAUCAUGAUGGACCAUGACCCGCGGUCUCUUUCAAUCGAUUUGCCUGAUUUUCCACUCUUAAAGGCUGUGGCUGACCUUGAACGCAGUAUUUUCACUCGUCAUAUUUUGCCAACAUGCAUUUGGAAAUUCCAAAGGUGGUUGAAUAUAGGAUUAGAGAAAAAGCACAAGCAAGCGUGGAAAAUCUUUGAUGACUUUGUUUACAAGUGCAUAAAUAAGAAGAAAGAAGAAAGGAGGAGAGGAACAUAUAAGCAAAAGGAUAAUGAAAUAGAGGUAAGUACAAUAGAUCUAUUGACCGUAUUUAUGGAUGUUGAAGAAAACACUAUAAAGUCAAAGAGCCACAAUAAUAAUGAUAAAUUUUUAAGGGAUACAAUUUCUAAUUUUUUCGUAGCCGGGGGAGAGACAACAAGUACUGAGCUUAACUUUUUCUUUUACCUUCUCUCAAAAAACCCUCAAAUUACUCACAAGAUUAGAAUGGAACUAGACGCGAUGAUGAUACAAGUGAACAAUAACUACGAUAGGUUUCUAAGCAAUUUUAAAGAGCUUAGCGGCCAAUUAACAUAUCUUCAUGCUACAAUAUGUGAAACACUAAGACUCUAUCCUGCAUUAGUAUACAAUCACAAGUCACCAAUUGAGCCCGACAUCCUUCCUAGUGGUCAUCGAGUGAAUCCAGGUACGGAAAUUAUCUUCAACACACAUUCCAUGGGAAGGAUGAAGUCGAUAUGGGGAGAUGAUUGCAACGAGUUCAAGCCCGAAAGAUGGAUAACAGAAGGAGGGGUGAUUAAACAUGAGCCAUCGUACAAGUUUGCGGUGUUUGGCGCAGGGCCAAGGGCUUGCAUGGGAAAGCAGAUGGUUUACACGCAAAUGAAGAUUGUAGCUGCCUACAUCAUUCGGCUCUAUGAUAUAGAGUCUGUAGACGAAGGACAACCUCUUAUCCUCGAUAUUUCUAUAACUCUUCGUAUGAAACAUGGAUUUAAGGUUAAGAUCAUUCGUCGUUCUCAAAAUUAGUUCAAGCACAAGUGAUGCAAAAAUAUAUGUUCAAUUUAUAAUUAAUUACUGCGUUUCAUUUUUGUUACACCAUUGUCAUAUGUGAUAUAGCGAAUAUUACAAGAUUCUAUAGAUAUACAAGUAUUAUUUCGUGUAAAAUUGUCUUCUCAAUAUAUAUGAUCAAA